CUGGCAGGAGAGGCUAGCCCGUCGGACUGCGCGUGCGGUCUGGAGUCUGGACUGUGCACACUGCAGUGUGGACGUCUGAAUCUCGGAGAUUAAGCGAGAUUCUAUCAAGCGUAGCGGAUUAUCUGAUUCGUCCUUUUUCCAGCAUGGCGCGCGUGCGAGCUGCCAGUCUUUUUCCACGGUCCGAUUGGCCAGCAUCAAUGACGUUAGAUAGGUAGUAGGGACGGACUACGCUUUGUAAGGGUGUACACAAUAUUGCCUCCAUGCAGACUGAUUUCAUUUUGAAUUCGAAUCGUCUCCUGCCAUCCUUGCAAUGUGCCAAAGGCAUGCAAUGCCGUAGACCCACAGUGCUGCCAGCACGCCGUCUAAAUUGUACCUAGAUCUGUAGGUGGCAUUGAAUUCUAAAGGCGUUUUCAUUUGCAUGGUCAGAAGGUUCGCCCAACAAACAAUCCCCCGCAUCUAUGGCAUCUGCACGCUGCGCCACAGAAUGCGGCGUUGCAGGCGUCAUGAGCAAGGGAAGCUCUCUGCAACAUCAGCCUGCAAUUGAGCAAGCGCUGCGUUCCUGUACCUCUGCCUGCCCUUCCAUGAAGAAAGAUUCGGUGCAUUUUGACAGGAGCACCUUUCAACGAGGAAGCAUGGCGCUCACAUCGUCUUGGUCUUUAGUGGCAGGGUCGCGAUCGCUGUGGAGCAGGGUGUCUGUCAAGUCUGCCUCCAGCACCCGCGUGUUUUCCCCAUCUCGCGGUGUGCGCUGUGCAGCAGGAGCGUCUGGGCGCGUGGUGCAGCACACCGUGGAGCCGGGCGAGUCGCUGUACCGCAUUGCCAGCACGCACGGGGUGACGGUGGAAGAGUUGCUCCUAGAGAAUCCGCACGUGGACGCCGCUAAGCUCAGGCCGGGGACGGUGCUCGUAAUCGACGACGGCGUGCACUACCGGUUCUCGCAAGAGGAAGUCAAAGCGGCUGCCAGCAAGGGAGGCGUGCGCACAGCCGUAGGACGCUUUGUCAACUCGAUUCAGAUUCCUGGACCUUCUCGGCCCACAUCCGCUGGGCAGCAGCCUUGGGGGACCAUCCUGGCUGUGGCGGCAGGUGCGCUGGCCUACAUCCUGGCGAAUCAACUGGGGCGGAAGGAGAGGGCAGAACCACAGGAAACAGGCCUCGAAGCAAGGGACGAAGGAAGGAAUGUGGACAACAGUCAGGCGCCCGCUGAUGCUGCAGUGGUGGCAGUGUUGCGGGAAGCCAAGGAGCACAUCUCGGAGUUGCAGAGCGCACUGGCCGCCAAGGAGGAGCAGUGGCAGCACAUGCUCGCGCGCGCACGCAGUGAUCACGAGGAGAGGCAACUCCUCAAGGCCCGCUUGGAGCUGCUGGAGCAGGAACUGGCGGCCGCCAAGCAGAGAAGCAAAACGCGCUAGUGCCAUGUCUUCCUGAUGGCACCUUUGGGCAGAAGAUGCGCCCUCAAUGGGCUGACUUCGUAUGAUACCAUACAUGUGUGUGUCUAGAGCAACUAUAAUGUAAUGUUUUGUACGAUUGGGGUGUAAUGUAGGAAGUAAAGUCAUCUGGUUUUACACAGGAGUUGGUUCAAAUGCGGAGCCGACGGCCUAUGGUGCCCUACGCCGGCCUUCAAGUUUUCCAUUUUGUCCUAGUACAUAUAGACGGCUUAAAUAUAGACUUGCAGGUUGGAUUUUGAUAUUCCUGCUACAUAACGAUCAAUAGCAUAGUAUCUGCAUUAGAUGCAGCGGAGAUUGAUGCACAAACAGUACGGAAACCCGUUUGUCUUCAGCUUUUGAUUUGCAGGUUCCGUAUCAGGAAGACAUACCGUAGCUGGUCGGUUCGGUAAGCACAAUCAGAUUCUUAAAACGUCUUGAGUCAUUUUGGUCUGCAUGCUAGUUCUAUGCAUCGGCCGACAUCAUGCGACUGCAACGUACCGGCCAGCGGACUUCUGCAG